AUGCGCAGCAACGGCUCCAAUAAAUACAACGCGCUCCCGCAACUGGAAUCCCAGGCGUCUAACACCAGCACAUCUGGCUCCACUUUGACUCCCCUUGACUACCGAGACGAAAGCAGAGGAGGCAUGAGGAAAUUUGCCUGGAAAAAAUAUGCGAUUGGCGCUGCCAUUAUCAUCGGAGUGGUCUGGUUGUUCGGACCACGUGAGAGUAGAGACGGGAUGUGGAAUGGAGGGCACGAUGAUGUGCCUAGUUUACCUCCCGCACCAUACCACUCCUUCGAGACUGAUCCGGACCCUACAAAAACUGCAUACUGCACGUCUCCAUACUCACCAGAUAAGAAGCUUGUCCAAUUUGCUUUAAUGAUUGAUGCUGGCUCCACUGGAUCACGUAUCCAUGUCUACAAGUUCAACAAUUGCAACCCAACACCUUCUCUAGAAUAUGAAGUCUUCAAAAUGAUCCGCCCAGGACUGUCUUCAUACAGAAGCGAUCCUACCGCAGCUGCCCAAUCACUAGACAAACUGCUUGACGUGGCAGUCAAGACAGUUCCCAAAGAAUUCCAGAACUGCGCUCCUGUUGAAGUGAAGGCUACGGCAGGUCUCCGGCUACUUGGUCACGAUACCGCCCAAGCUAUUCUUGAUGAGGUUCGCGCACGCCUGCGUUCCAAAUACCCGUUCCCUGUCAGUUCUCGCGCAUCAGCCAUUGAAAUCAUGGAGGGCCGUGAUGAAGGUGUCUACGCCUGGCUUACAGCAAACUACCUUCUCGGUACCCUCAGCCCUUCGAAAUCAGCAUCCAAGGCCUUUACCGAGACUUAUGCAGUUCUGGAUCUCGGAGGCGCAUCGACCCAGAUCGUCUUUGAGCCCAGCUUCCCGAAUUCUCACCAGACUCUUUUGGAUGGUGAACACAAGUACGAACUGACAUUUGCAGGGCGCACCCAUACCUUGUAUCAACACUCGUACUUGGGCUACGGCCUCAUGCAAGCUCGUCGAAGCGUACACAAUCUUGUUGGAUUCAUGUGGGAGUUUACCCAUCCGAAAGAGGGCGAUGUUGUUCGCGCCCAAGUCGCCAAUGCUUGCCUUAACAAGAACUCUGCGCGAGUGGUUGAGUUGGAGGGAGUUUCAGGAUCUAAACCCCGAAACGUCACAAUGGUCGGAGCGGAUGUGGGGAGCUUCGAGGCAUGCAAGCGGGUUCUGGAACUGGUUAUGGCCAAAGACGCCAUCUGCCAAACUAAACCUUGUUCGUUCAACGGCGUUUACCAACCUUCCAUCCUUGAUACAUUCCCUACCGGUGGAAUACUUGCACUUUCAUACUUCUACGACCGUAUAUUCCCUCUCCUCCCUCCUUCUCAAGUCUCGCAGUCAAAACCCAUCACCUUGCCUAUCCACCAGAUCGCUUCAAUGGCCAAACACGUUUGCGACGGUAACAAUGCGUAUUUCCCUCAGAGUGCCCAAGAGGAGCUCAAGGGCCGACCCGAAUCGUGCCUGGACAUGACUUUUCUUUACGUGCUUUUGCGUCUCGGAUACGAAUUCGACGAGAACAGGGUGGUUCGCGUCGAGAAAAAGGUAGCUGGAACCGAAUUGGGAUGGUGCCUUGGUGCAGCGAUUGCGAUGUUAGAUGCCAAAAUUGAGUGUAAAGCCUAG